GCUAUGGGUGACUUUUUCUUGUCAUUUGCUGUGCUGGCAGUAGGCGGUCAUUAGAGUGCUUGCAAAAGCAAUGGGUCUCUCCCUGUUGGAGUGGACAGCGCCUGUCCCGACACUCUGGGCAGAGCACCUUCAUCAUGCUGGAACAGGGACCCCUUACUCAUCAAAGCUUGACGAGUUUGAGCAAUUCGUUGAAAGAGCACAGAAGUUUCCCGCCAUCUCGCUGAGCGGUGGGUUAAGCAGAGGGCAGCAGUUAGGAGGGGGAUGGGACUCGACAGGCCCGUCUGCUGCAGCAGCAGCUCUCGAACGAGAAGGAAGGGUGGUACCACUCAGAAUGGAGAGGGGUGAUAAUAUCCGUGAUGAAGGGAACGUGGCUUCAUCGUUGAGGGAAGAGGGCCGAGGGUUGAGCGGCAUGGCGGCCAUGAUGUCAGUGCGUGGCGCAAACUGGACCGAUUGGAGGGAUAAGGUAACUUCGAAGAAGCUUCUUCUCAUUGAUGACCUGCCAUUUGCAGGAGAGAGGAGUAGGAGGGAGAGACUGUGCAGCUGCAUGUAUAGGCUGGCAAUUGGAGCCAGAUUCCCAACAGUCGUGAUCAUCACAGAUGUUGUGGGCGAAGGGUCUAGAUCCUCCUCCUCCUCCUCUGGCGGGAAUGCACAGUUCGCCGGCGAACCUCAGGCAUUGCGACAAGCAUUGGAGAGAGGAGGGGCGUACCAGGUGCAUCUGGGUGAGGAAGCGCAAGUCGCGGAGAGGUUCCGAAGGCUUCCACUUGCCAUGGAUAAGCCUGAGGCAAUUCUGUCACAGGCACACCAGGAGACGGGGAGAGUGAUCGCUUUCCUGCAUGAGAAUGUCUUGGAUUUCAUCGAUGAGGAGGCGAUCGAUGACGCUGCGGAAGUCCUUCAUUACUUGAGCGACGCGGAUUGGCUUCUGAGCGGCCGUUCCAGUCGGUGGAGCAGCCGCGGAGAUGCGUAUUCGGCCCUGGACCACAGUGACAUUGACCCGUCGCAACUUGUCAUUGCCGCGUCAGGCUCCAUUGCAGCACGAGGCGUUCUUUUUGCAAAUGAGCAUUCGGCUCCACGCAGGUCUCUAUAUCGUUCCAAUUUUAAUGGAUGAACAUCUUAUAUUCUUGUUGCUGUCUUUUUUUCCCGAGCUGGUACGUUUUCUGGCUUGCCUGCCGA